CCUCCAGCAAGCAACAGGUGGGAUUUGCUUUCAUUGCGCCUGACCACCGUCUCGCCCUUUGCACCUGCUUUGCCUUGUGACGAAAAGCUUAAAGGCAACCCUUCAAACGGCCUCUCUCACCUUUCUCAACCUUUCCUCUCUUCCACCACUGCAGCACCUCUACCAUCAAACCAUUCCCAUUGAUUCAUUCUCUCUCACUUUGACCACAUACAUCACUUUAGCACAACCCAUAGCCUCAAUCCACCAGACCCUCGUUCGACCAAACACUCGUCCAUCAUGUCUGACACCGGCCGCAAGCCUUUGACUGAUCAGGCUCAAGAGAAGCUCACUCCUGACUCUCAGAAGUCCACCUUCGACAAGGCCAAAGAGUCUGCCACCGGCACCGCCGACGACAUCGCAGGAAUGGUCCAGCCAGGAGACAGCAAGUCCACCACCCAGAAGCUCUCCGAUGAGACUUCGGCCAAGUCCAGCUCAGCCCAAGACACUCUAUCCAGUGCUACACAGAAUAUCCAAGACACUGCCUCUUCUUUGGGCCAGAAGGCUAGCUCGACUGCCGGCGCAGCGCAGGAGUCAGGCAAGGAAUACCUGCAACAGGCGCAAGAAGCUGCUUCUUCCGUCGGCCAGACAGCCAGUUCCAACACUUCAGCUGCACAGGAGUCAGGCAAGACUUAUCUGCAGCAGGCUCAGGAGAUGACUGCCAAUGUUCUGAACAGUGCUAGCAAAGCUGCGUCAGAUCUUGCUAGCAGCAUUUCUGGCGAAAAGAAAUAGACGACGGUCCAUUGUGCUCGGAAUAAUCGACUUCCUGAUUGUGGAGUAUGAAGGGGAGGUCAACACUAGGCAUGAAGCUUCAGGCUUUCGUACAAUCAGCAUCGGAUCCUAGUGUAUCGCAACAUGAAUCGCCGUCGACCUAUUCAUCCAAGGACUGGGGUGGUCUCCAUUAUUGACAAGCUGACCUCGCAGGAACAGUUUGGUUGUGACUGUUAAAUUCUACAGACAAUGAAUUAGUAUUCUUUCCAAACUG